AUCAUCUAAACAUAUGAAACUUUCCUGAAGAUUACAACGAAGUUACGCGCUAAUGUUCGGACCAGGAAGUGUCGUUAGUUCCGCCACCUUGUUUCUAGUCGGACACAAUAACAUUGAAGACGUGGUGUAUUUGUUGUGUUUUUUCGUGAAAAGAUCUGCUGAAGAAGCACAGACUGGUUGAUGGAUCCUGUUCACAAAGACCUGCUGAGGAAACACACCCUGGACCUGUGCGAGGACCUGCUGGUCAGCGACACCAUCGUUCCGUUCUUGUACCAGGAGGACAUUUUAACGGCGGCGCAAGUGGAUGAAGUCCAGUCUCAAAGCACAGACCGGAAAAUGAAUCUGAAGCUACUGGACAUUUUGCCGAACCGCGGCCCGCGAGCUUUCCACUGCUUCAUGCAAGCUCUGGACUUGGAAUUCAGCUGGCUCAAAGACCGUCUGCUUCUAGAUCUGCGAGCCCGAACCGAAACCGGAUCCAGUUGUUCACGUCUUAAUGAAACACCAGCGCCUGGUGGACAUGGCGACAUCUGGUGUCUUCCUUGCUCGCUUGGACAGAAAAUUCCUUCCGAUCAGGAGCUGUCCCGCCUGGCAUCUCUUCUGGGUGGCGAGUGGGAGGCUGUGCUGAUGGAUUUAGGCGUGUCCGCCGCCGCCUUGUAUCGCUGCCGGGCCGAUCACACCCUCAGCCAUCACGGCACCACGCUGGCCGCUCUGUUGCUAUGGAGACAAUCCGAGGGGAAGAACGCCACCCUGCACCGACUGGAGCGGAGUCUGCAGGCGGCCGGCGUCCAUCCGUCUGUCCUGAAAGAUGUCCUGCUGUGAGACGGUACGCUGGCCCGCAUCGAAACAAGUAGCAGUUGAUUUUGUCUUUUUAAUAUAUACACACACUAAAGGAUGACAUUAAUUUACAUGCUUAAUUCACAUCAUUAAAGUCAGUCGGUGCAGCGUCGGUAGAAGUAGAAGUGGUAGUCCGUGAAGAGCGCCCCCGCGAAGUGAUGGUUAGUACUGCAGUCGGCUUGACCCUUCACAUGUGACAAGACUUUGGUCAGGUGACCUCACCGUCAGAGAAUAAAGAGGACUAAUAGAA